AUGCCCGACCCGGAGUGUCACAUACGAUUCGAUAACAAUCCUUAUGGCGUGUAUCUAGCCGGGCAAAUUCUCGCCGGUCAGGUGGAGCUCCGUCUAACGGAGGUACUGAACGUAGUAGGCGUGAGUCUACGCCUAGAUGGGCUCACCGAAAUCGAGUGGUCCGAAGAAAUCGAGUCGGCUGCCGGUCAGCCCGGUCGUAAAACGACCCGUUACUACGGCCAGCAGACUCUUCUUAACUCGACCAGCUUCCUAUGCGGUUCGUCCGUUGGGCCGGUGCGUGACCUGGCAAUCGGAACGCAUACGUAUCAUUUUUCCUGUGAGCUUCCAGCCCACCUACCAACCUCAUUCGAGGGAUACCACGCCCGCAUCCGCUACACGGCCAAGGUGUCCUUGCACAGGACGAAAGCACGCACCGAUCCAAUCGGUCAAACUAGCUUCACCGUGCUUCGGCAUCUGAAUCUGAACGAACACGCUGCCGUACUGGUGCUCCCAACAAAGAGUGAACUGACGAAGGUGUUCUGCUGCGGACCGUGCUCUUCCGAGCCACUAUACAUAUCGGCCCAAAUUCCCCGCUGCGGGUACAUACCGGGCCAAACGAUUGUGAUCAAGAUCGAUGCCGUAAAUCGGAGCCGUACAAGGGUGAUCGAGUUCCGCAUCAAGCUGAUCCAGAAGCUGUGUUACGCCAGCCAACAUCCGACGGUCGAGAACCGCUCAGACGCGCUGGUAGUUGCGGAAUCGCGUUGUUCAGGUGUUACCUCGGGUGAGGUGGUGAAGCAUCAGCAGAAUCUGCUCAUUCCGGCUCUGCCCCCUACCUACACUGAUGGAUCGCCCGUGUUUAGCAUCAACUACGAGCUGGAGGUCGAGGCACGUGUUACCGGACCCAACAUAAGUCCGAGGCUCGCCAUGCCCAUAACGAUCGGGACGAUAGCGCUGGAAGCAUCGAUGCCGAAGGAAAAACUAAAGCCAUUGACCAAACCAUCGUGGGAUCCAUUUAGUUCACAGCACACGGACAUAAUAGGUACACGGAUUCCGCUCACUAAUAUCGCUCGACGCUCACAGGCUGGUCUAGAGGACAUUCCGAAUGGUUCGAGCAACGUGCGACUUCACUACAUUGUACACCGGAAAAGCGAUGAGAUGUGCGAAGAGAACUGA